GGAGAAGCAUCACUUGCGUUUCUGUAUCUGGUUGUUGUGCGAGAUAAUGAGAGGUGGUACCAAAGCAUAAAUUAGAACAGCAAGGAUUCUCCGAAGGCAUACAUAAUAUUAAGCGGUCCAUUCUUCUUCAGGACAACCUUUAUGAUGGAGAAAGCUGCACUGCUGCUGUUUUAUUGCCUGUUCAUAUCUACUUCAGGAUCCCCACUCUACCCCUCCAUCAAGUUUGGCCAGAGGGACACAUCCAUUCUGUUGACAUCUUCUCUAAAAAAUCCAGAGCAACUGGAGGACACGAGUUCUGCCCAAGAGAGAACAGAGAUACGUUUGGGCCGCCAUGCAGAUGCCAUCUUUACGAACAGUUACAGAAAAGUGUUGGGCCAAAUCUCUGCCAGGAAGUUCCUACAGACCAUCAUGGGCAAACGUCUCGGAGAUGAAAGUGAGAGUUAUGUGAAACGUCAGUCAGAUGUCUAUGAGGGAACAUACAAAGAAGAUCUGACAUCUAUCCAACGUAAUCAGAGAUACAGAGGACUUCAUGAAAUGCCAUGACGCUCAGACUGCAGAGUGGAGAAGACACAUGGACAGCUCAUUCUCAAAACCACUGCAACUUUUUUCCAGUUUAUACCUUAUUUUCAGUUCGAUCUGCCUUUUUUAUUCAUUGAAGCUGUGAAAAUUCUGUAGCACUCACAUCACAGUACUGUGAGCUUGCU